AUGUUCACCCCCAAAAUGAGCUGGGAGAUCGGAUUCGACCUUGGCUUGGCCAGCUUCACAACCGAUGCAAGCAGCAUGCUUCCAGAGGAACCGCCCGCGAAACGCCGUAAAACCCAGCUCGCCUGUAACUGCUGCCGUAUGCGAAAGACUCGCUGCGAUGGCAGGCGACCAAUCUGCUCUCCUUGUGAGAGGCGAGACUCAGGAGAAGAUUGCUUGUAUGAGGAGGGCGCAUUGAACACACGCAAAUUGGAACAACUAGAGAGGGGGGGUCACACCGGGCCUAUUCGCCUUGGUGAUAAUCCUGUCGCCAGCCAGCUCACAGACUCUCGGCCAAGACUCCCACCUUCCCGUGAAGAUGAUAUGUUAAAUAGGUCUGGCGUACCUAAUUUGCUUGUUCAAUCAACAACUCAAAGUCGAUCUACAAUCCGCAUGGCGUCGGCUACAGCCAUGCGUACCGGCAAGGACAAAUCUUCAGACGCCCUAGCAACUGUAUCGACAUGUGUCUAUGACCCGGAGAUACUAUACGGCGCAUCUUCGACCAUCUCAUUUGUCGAACGCGUACUUCUGACCACAGGUGAGACCGACGUCUUCGGCGAACAAUCAAGGCUUGGUGCCGACGAGGCCAGACAUGAGAUACACAGCGUGGAGAAGUUUGACAGUCAAGCAAGACACCUGUCAGGCUUGGAACUCUUGCCGAUCCGCAGAAUUUCCGAUAGCUAUGUGAAGAGCUUCUGGGACGUCGCGCACACAAUCUUCCCCAUCUUGCACAGACCGACAUUCACUCGUUUUUAUAACCAGCUUUGGGAGCCGACAAACUUGGGAGACACUCCUGAAACGACUGAUAACCCAAUCAUAUUGGCGAUUUUGAAUCUUGUCCUCGCGAUUGGGUGCAGAACUGCCGAAAGUGUGCAACAUGGCAGCCGAGCGUUGUUGUCAGACCAGUAUUAUCAACGGGCUAGAGGACUUGUUCCAAUUGAUGCCCUGGAUGUGGCGUCCUUACCGGCUGUCCAGAUGCUGUUGUUGACCGCUGUUUACCUCCAGUCCACUACAUACUCAAGCCGAUGCUGGAACAUCGUGGGGCUUGCAAUGCGAGUGGCUCAAAGUCUCGGCCUGCAUCUCGACCGGAGCGCGUCAGGAACAAGCAAUCAACUUGAGAGAGAGAUACGGAGACGAGUUUGGUACACGUGUGUGACAUUAGACAGAUUGAUAUGCACAACCUUCGGACGGCCAGCUAUGCUCCCGAACAGCUCUUCGGUACCAUUACCGCUCAUAGUGGACGAUGAGUACCUACUAGAAGAUGGAGAAGGCACCCAGCCAGUAACCUCACAGGGUCGAAUAGGCUCAUUUGUAUAUACUAUUCAACUCUUGGACAUCUUGAACGAGGUGUUGCAUUCGUUCUACGCAGAAGACGACCAAGCACAAGCUCCUACCACUGGCAAACAUGAGAACAGGUCUAUGCCGGACUUGCACGAAAUGCUGCGGCUGAACUCGAAACUGGAUCGAUUUCUUGAAACUCUUCCGACAAGUCUCAGACUGCAAAAUGUCUUACUGAGCUCGGAGACUCCAACAGGCAAUGCUCUGCUUCAAGCUAGGGUUCUGUACUGUAGGUGUUCAGCAUGGUGGACCAUUUACUUUACUUUCGGCGCAGCAACCAUUGUCCUAGCCUCACAACUCUGCUCUCCUCAAGACGAUACGGGGACAUUAGCCGACGAUUCUCUGUCUCUUGCCAUGGGAAUAUUCAAGCACUAUACUCCUGAAGUCGAGUCCGCAACACAGGCAAUCCAGGUCCUCGAAAGCCUCCAAGAGCGCCUGUCCCGUGGCGAGAAGCAAGGAACCGAGGUGUCACACCAAGAAGUCCAACAAAUCCAAACGCCCAAGGAAUCUCUACAUCCUGACCCCCAAGUCGUAUAUGGUCCUGGUGCCAGUAAUGUCGAAUACUGUGGACAGGCUCGAGCUCCUGAUCCGCUAAGCGAAGACUGGUUCUCACGUCAGGCGCUGAACUUUGACUUUCAAGAUUACAUCUGA